GUAAUGGAUCGUAACAGUUACAAGUUUGUUCCUUAAACUGCAAUCGGCAAUUCCUGUUGCGGUUUUACGUCGGCAAGUACUUUCCUCAUUUCGCUAAAUGAUGACAGUAGACUUAUGUAAUAACUGCUGAUUCUUUUUCGUUCAUCGCAGUCAUCGUUCAACUCUCACUGCGUGAUGUUUCUCCGAUCUCAUGAAAUGCAGUUUUCGAACUCCAUGUACCUGUCAUCAGUUAAUUCCUUUGCAGCCAGUUGGCUGCUUCUUUGUUUGGUCAUUCCAUUUUAUAGCGGAGCUGAAAGAUUGGACUGGGUCCCUUACGAGGUCAACCCGAUGCAUCAUCAAUUUCGAUCAGUAUCAUCAGAAUCAGUUUCCUCGGUAGAACAGUCGCAGCAACCUAAUAUUCUAAAAUCUCUCCAGUACAACGUUCAACAUUCUAAGUAUAAUUUAGUACCAUCUAGGAUGCCUUCGAAGAAUUACCAUUCCUUUGAUGGAAACCAAAAAAUUUCUAAAGAAGACAGCGCUGCGCGAUUACAACACGAGGAGAUUGACGAGGAAGUGAUAAAGAAAAUGAAUCUGUUAGACAAAGUGUUAUCUGAAGAUAUCGACGUGAAUGACACUGAGAUAAAGAAUACGGUUGAAGAUGAAAUCAUCGCGGAAAUGAAAAUCUCCGAAGAAACGAAAAGGGUUGCCAGGCAAGUUCGUAAGAAACGACCGGGAUUUUUUUGGACUUUGGCGAGACUUGCUUUUGAGACGUUCAACGAUACGCGAUCGGCAAUCAAACAAAUUAGCAAUCUCAUCAAUCAAAACAUCGAACCGGAUCCGACUACACGACGACCAACUGGUAGUCAUCCGUUGAUGGUUACCGAAGCAACAACAGUCGCACCGUCGGUUGAUCAGAAUAACACGUCUAGCAACAUGACAAAUGUUAAUGCAACAAUGACAACGACCACGCAGGCACCUUUCAGACUCACGCCAACCAACCUUCAAAAUUUGAUAUUAAGAAAUGUGCGCGGCUUAGUAAGGCUUUUCAAUAUCGAAUGGCAGGAUGCCCUUAAUCAAUCAGAUAUAACUGUGAAGGAGUUUCGAAAGGAUCUCGGGAAGCAAGUAGGCACGUUUCUGCAGGAUAACCCGAAUGCUUUUUAAAAGUAAUGAAGACGUCAAAGCUCGCAAGGAAAAAUUAAAUAGACGACAAAAAUGCCAAGACCAAAAAGUUACAAACUGUAUUUAAUAUAAUGAUUCAUUUACAAAAUGUUUCAUAAUUUAGGUAAAAAUAGUCUCUAAAAAUAAUAUUUAUAUUUUUAAUAAUAACUCGUCGAGCAUUUCUCGUUCAAUAUUAAUACAAUAGUUUAAUUAAAAAAAAUAGAUUUACAGGCAAAGAUAUAUUUAGGUUCCUCUUCAUUAAAAUUUAUUACACAUUUCCUAAUAGAUGAAUUUAUUAGGAAUAAUACACAUAUACAAAACACAAAAUAUUUCUUUAUUUUCACAUUGUUGUAUAAAUUAAAUAAAUUUUUUAUUAAAUAAAUCAAUAUUGCGUGUGUUAAAAUAAUAAUAAUAAUAAUGACACAGCUCUUGCUAGUUUCGGUUCGGCUCUCAACACUUUUCGAAGUGACCUAUUCAUUCAAAUUAUAACGUUGAACAGUGCCGAAAUUAGUACCUGUGCUCCAUGAGUGAUUACAUCAUGAGUGACUAUUCGUCGAUUUAUAUCUUCGCGAUAUAUCUUACACAAUCUUUUUCGACUCUUAACCCACGCUCAAGUUUCAUGAGCAUAAAAUAAAGAAAAAAAGAUAGCGGAUAAUUUAUUCGGCCAACGUGAAAGAGGACGAAAGGAUCACGACUAGUGUGACACAAUUACGAUAAGUAGAAAGCAUCUUCGUCCGAGAAAACCGGCGUGCACAAGUUCUUAAGCCGGAUUGGUCGACAAUUUGUGUGGGAUCCUGCGGCAGCCCUUAUAGAUCGACGAAGCGGAUCCACGGUCCAAUCGUACCUGCGUUGACUUGUGUUGAAACUCACCGGAGUGAACCAGCCGUAAGCACUCUGCUUUGAGAGGUGACGAAAGAAUGUUUUGGUGUUGUGGUUUUCUGAGUUUUCUUCUUCUAAUAAGUGAUACGUAUGGCGUAAGUUUCUUUACCAAAAA